GAUUGCAUCAUCUGAAUGGCCAGUAGUAACUCGUUUUUCAUAGCCGAAACUUCAUUCAACACCCGUCUCCUUCCUUCAAUGGCUGCCAUCUAUCACCGUGACCAAUCAUUUUACAUUUACUCCUUUUACAUGUUCUCACUGAGAGAUUCUCUCUUUCUCUUUCAAUGGCCUUCGUUUCUUCCAAACCUCACAAAAGCCCUCUCCUUUCGCUCACAUAAGCCACACCCAUCAACUCUUUCUCACUCAAUUCCAAAUGAGCACCCCAGAAAACACCCAAAGGCAGCAACUUUUGCCAAAACAAGCUGAACCCUCAACUGGGUCCUCCACUUCUUCCCCUUUGAUCCGAACUUUGGGUCUUCAUGUUCUUAGGCUGCUCAAUUGGGUUGUUCCACUGGCUCUCUUCCUCGGUGUUGAUUUAUGUUUCAAGAAAGUGUUCCAAGCAGCUUCCUUUGAGUUCCCUAGUGCCUUGUUUGUCAUGUUCUGCAUAUUCACAGUUUUGAUGGUGCUUGAUUAUGUUAAUCCCUUUGCAGCUUUGGCCUUCUUGAAUUUCUUUGAUCCUGGGGUUAUGUUUAUUAAUAGAUGGUUACCUUUGUUCUAUGUUCCUUACUUGGUGGUGCUACCUAUUUCUGUUAGAGAAAUUCCAGCUUCUUCUGCCAUCAAAAUUUGCUGUAUUAUAGUUGGAGGAUGGCUGGCUACACUUUCUGUUUCUGGUUUUACAGCUAUAGCUGUAAGAAAGGCUGUGAAGACCGAAAUGAUCGAUCCUGAGCCUAUGGAAAAGCCCCCUCCAUUCUCCUCCAUUGAAUUGUGGUCAUGGAUUGCGGUUUUCCUUAUAUCGUUCAUCAUGGCAUUGCUUUUCCCAACAGCACUUGGGACAGCUGCCAGAACAUGCUUUUUGUUCUAUCUUGCAUCCACAGUAGUAGGCUACAUUGUUGGCUCCGGAUUGCCAUCAAAGGUGAAAAUGAUCUUCCAUCCAGUAAUAUUCUCCUUAAUAUUUCCCAAUCUAGUGGCUUGUGCUUUUGGUUUGCUGUCCAAGCAGGGGUAUGAUGCUGCUCUAGGAUUUUACCUUACAGAGUCAUCAUCUGAUCCUGGAGCUGGUGACAUUCUUUUGGAAUUUUUAGGACCUGUUAUUCUUUCCUUUGCUUUCUCUAUGUUCAAACAAAGAACGCUUAUGAAAAGGCACGCAGCUGAGAUUUUCACCUCUGUCAUUGUCUCUACACUAUUCUCAUUGUACUCAACUGCCAUUGUUGGACGUCUAGUUGCAUUAGACCCAUCACUAACUGUGUCCAUUCUACCCAGAUGUAUAACGGUCGCAUUGGCACUCAACAUCGUGUCACUUUUCGAAGGUGCCAAUUUAGCUCUCACAGCAGCUGUGGUUGUUGCAACUGGUUUGAUUGGAGCAAAUUUCGUGCAAUCAGCGCUUAAUAUACUCCGCCUUCAUGAUCCAAUUGCUCGAGGAAUAGCAGCUGCAUCUAGUUCCCAUGGGCUGGCGACAGCGGCGUUAUCAGCAGAGGAACCGGAGGCGCUCCCGUUUAGUGCCAUUGCUUAUGCUUUGACUGGCAUUUUUGGAUCUUUAUUUUGCACAAUUCCAGCAGCAAGACAAAGUUUGCUUGCAAUUGCUGGCUCUGGGUGGAAUAGUUAGCACUUAGAUCAUGGAUCAUACUUGGAACUUCUUGUGCAUAUUCCUUACAAUGUCAUAUCUUUUAUUGGGAACAAAUGUGCUGAGCGAUAUUAUGCGUUGAUCAUUAAAUUGUCUUGUGUAUUUAGUCAUGUUUGGAAAAAUAAAAGUUAGUUAACAUAUAUAUGUAUAUAUAUCCUUGCGACUCAAUUUAUGGAACAAAAUCAAUAAAAUAAUAUUUGUCUCUAAAUUUUUAAUUUA